AGAAGGUGAAUAACCCUAUGAACAGUCAGGCUGAUGGCCCAACGAAGAACGAUAAAGAGGAGGCCCCAGCCAGUGAGGUGGGCUGGAUGACCUCAGUCAAAGACUGGGCGGGGGUCAUGAUCUCAGCACAGACCCUUACCGGCAGAGUUCUGGUGGUGUUGGUCUUUGCACUCAGCAUCGGAGCUCUGGGAAUAUACUUCAUAGAUUCUUCGGAUCCUAUAGAAUCUUGUCAGAAUUUCUACAAAGACUUCACAUUGCAAAUUGACAUGGCAUUCAACGUGUUCUUCUUACUCUACUUUGGCCUGCGCUUCAUAGCAGCCAAUGAUAAGCUGUGGUUCUGGUUGGAGGUGAACUCAGUGGUGGACUUCUUCACCGUACCGCCUGUGUUUGUGUCAGUGUAUCUGAACAGGAGCUGGCUGGGUCUGAGGUUUCUAAGAGCCUUGAGAUUGAUACAGUUCUCAGAAAUUUUACAGUUUUUGAAUAUCUUAAAAACAAGUAAUUCCAUCAAGCUGGUGAACCUGUGUUCCAUCUUCAUAAGCACAUGGCUCACUGCUGCAGGAUUCAUUCAUCUGGUGGAAAACUCAGGGGAUCCAUGGGAAAACUUCCAAAACUCUCAACCGCUCUCAUAUUGGGAAUGUGUGUACUUAUUAAUGGUCACUAUGUCCACGGUGGGAUAUGGAGACGUCUAUGCAAGAACUACUCUUGGACGCCUUUUCAUGGUCUUCUUCAUUCUCGGUGGCCUGGCCAUGUUUGCCAGCUACGUCCCUGAAAUCAUAGAGUUAAUAGGAAACCGCAAGAAAUAUGGUGGUUCCUAUAGUGCGGUAAAUGGCAGAAAGCACAUUGUGGUCUGUGGUCAUAUCACGCUCGAAAGUGUUUCCAACUUCCUUAAAGACUUCCUACACAAGGACAGGGAUGAUGUCAAUGUAGAAAUUGUUUUUCUUCAUAAUAUUUCCCCUAAUCUUGAGCUGGAAGCCUUGUUCAAACGUCACUUCACUCAGGUGGAAUUCUAUCAAGGAUCGGUCCUCAACCCACAUGAUCUAGCAAGAGUGAAGAUCGAGUCAGCGGAUGCCUGCUUGAUUCUUGCAAACAAAUACUGUGCAGACCCCGAUGCUGAAGAUGCCUCUAAUAUCAUGAGAGUAAUAUCUAUAAAGAACUACCAUCCAAAGAUCAGAAUAAUCACUCAAAUGUUGCAGUACCACAACAAGGCCCAUCUGCUAAACAUUCCCAGCUGGAACUGGAAGGAGGGUGAUGAUGCGAUCUGCCUGGCCGAGCUGAAGGCAGGCUUCAUAGCCCAGAGCUGCCUGGCACAGGGCCUGUCCACCAUGCUCGCCAACCUCUUCUCCAUGAGGUCAUACAUCAAGAUUGAGGAGGACACAUGGCAGAAGUAUUAUCUGGAGGGAGUGGCCAAUGAAAUGUACACUGAGUACCUGUCCAGUGCCUUUGUGGGGCUUUCAUUUCCUACAGUUUGUGAGCUGUGCUAUGUGAAGCUCAAGUUGUUGUUGAUCGCUAUUGAGUACAAGUCAGAGCAGAGGGAAAGCAGAAGCAGAAAGCGUAUUCUGAUCAACCCGGGAAAUCACGUUAAGAUGCAGGAGGGGACUUUGGGAUUCUUUAUCGCCAGUGAUGCCAAAGAAGUGAAAAGAGCAUUUUUCUACUGCAAAGCAUGUCAUGAUGACAUCACAGAUCCCAAAAGGAUUAAAAAGUGUGGCUGCAAGAGAAUGACAUAUUCCAAGAUGUCCGUCUACAAGCGAAUGAAACUGGCAUGUUGUUUUGAUUGCGGGCACUCUGAGCGCGACUGCUCGUGCAUGUCAGGCAGUGUACAUAGUAACAUGGACAGUCUUCAGAGGGCCUUCCCACUUUCUUCUGUCUCUGUUCAUGAUUGCUCAACCAGUUUACGUGCCUCCAAAUACAAGUUUAACGGAUAUGUCAGAUCACUCGAAGAUGAACAUCCGUCAACACUGUCACCCAAAAAGAAGCAACGCAACGGAGGCAUGCGGAAUUCACCCAACUGCUCACCCAAAAUGAUGAGACAUGACCCUCUGCUCAUUCCGGGAAAUGAGCAGAUUGAGAACAUGGAUGCUAAUGUGAAAAGAUACGACUCUACUGGAAUGUUUCACUGGUGUCCAUCCAAAGAAAUUGAGAAGGUCAUUCUGACACGCAGCGAGGCCUCCAUGACGGUUUUAAGUGGACAUGUAGUAGUCUGUAUAUUUGGAGAUGUCACGUCAGCUUUAGUGGGGCUUCGAAACUUGGUGAUGCCUUUGAGAGCAAGCAACUUCCAUUACCACGAGCUAAAGCCCAUCGUAUUUGUGGGCUCAUUAGAUUAUCUGAGAAGAGAGUGGGAAACCCUUCAUAACUUCCCCAAAGUCUCCAUCUUACCUGGUACACCAUUAAGUCGAGCUGAUUUAAGGGCCGUCAACAUCAACCUCUGUGACAUGUGCGUUAUCCUGUCAGCCAAUCAGAACAAUAUCGACGAUGCUUCACUGCAGGACAAGGAAUGCAUCUUGGCAACUCUUAACAUCAAAUCUAUGCAGUUUGAUGACAGCAUUGGGGUCUUGCAGGCUAAUUCCCAAGGUUUCACACCUCCGGGGAUGGAUAGGUCAUCUCCAGAUAACAGUCCAGUGCACGGCUUAGUGCGGCAGGCAUCCAUCACCACGGGAUCAAACAUCCCGAUCAUAACUGAACUUGUGAAUGACUCCAACGUUCAGUUUUUGGACCAAGACGAUGAUGACGACCCAGAUACGGAGCUGUAUCUGACCCAGCCAUUUGCCUGCGGUACCGCGUUCGCCAUCAGCGUGUUGGACUCCCUGAUGAGUGCGACAUAUUUCAAUGAUAAUAUCCUCACCCUGAUCCGGACGCUGGUCACAGGAGGCGCCACUCCGGAGCUGGAGGCCCUGCUGGCUGAGGAGAACGCGCUGAGAGGUGGCUACAGCACGACGCAGACGCUGGCUAACAGGGACAGGUGUCGGGUCGCCCAGCUGGCCCUCUACGAUGGGCCCUUCGCAGACUUGGGGGAUGGUGGUUGCUACGGAGACUUAUUUUGCAAAGCAUUAAAAACAUACAACAUGCUGUGCUUUGGAAUCUAUAGAUUGCGAGAUGCACAUUUAAGUAUACCAGGCCAGUGCACAAAAAGGUAUGUCAUCACAAACCCACCUUAUGAGUUUGAGCUGGUGCCCACGGACCUGAUCUUCUGUCUGAUGCAGUUUGACCACAAUGCGGGCCAGUCCCGAGCGAGCCUGUCCCACUCCUCCCAUUCCUCUCAUUCAUCCAGCAAGAAGAGCUCGUCUGUUCACUCCAUCCCCGCCACGAACCGGCAGAACCGCAGCAGCAAAGCACGUGAAGCCCGUGACAAACAGAAUGCAACAAGGAUGAAUAGAAUGGGCCCAGAAAAGAGAUGGUUUACAGAUGAAGCAGAAAACGCAUACCCAAGGAACAUUCAAAUCAAGCCCAUGAGCACUCACAUGGCCAACCAAGUCAAUCAGUACAAAUCCACUAGCAGUCUGAUUCCACCUAUCCGAGAAGUCGAAGAUGAAUGCUGAACGAAUCCCCGGCCUUUACCGUUAUGGAGGGACUUGGGUCAUCCUGCUGUAAAAGAUGAGCACUAAUCGCGAAACCAUGACUGAGAUGAUGGCGACACAUUGUUCUUCCCUUGUUCAACUCGAGGGUUUGAAGCGAUUGAGAACUGGAAGGGACUUCCUAUGUCUAUACCUUUAAUGUUACUUCCAUACAUUUAUAUAUGUAUACAUAAUGACAAUCAAGUAAGGAUUGUACAGCCCCUAACACUUUUUAAAAUUACGUUAACGGCAAACAAAAAAGAAAAAAAAAGUACUUCCUGUGAUUCAUUGCAAUAUUUCACCUCUGCCGUGACCUGACUCCACGCAGAGGGUGCUAUAAUGGAGGAUGAGGGUCACCGUCGUUCACAUCAUCCAAACACUACCCAAAGAUCAGCCCUGCCGAUUGAGUUACGUAUCUGUCGUCCGUUUCGUUUUGCACUACCGCGUAAUCACUCGAGCACCGCUCACAGAAGAGUCAAAGCUUUCCCUCGGUUCUCCUGAGUUUGAGGCUGUUAACUGAAUGGUUUUGUUCAGGGAAACGAGUGUUUGCGUGACUGUAUUCAUGCAUGGUGUGUGCUGAAGGCUGCCUGAAGUAACCUGAACUUAUAGCUCUGGAAAGGAUGCCCAUUUCCAUCUCUACAGACUGUUUAGGCACACAUACACAUGGAAAUGUUUGUUGUACCUAAUGCAAAUGACCGUCCCCAACGUACCUCUUCGGAAUUGGCAAUACAUUGAGGAUAUGCACUACGCCUGUUGAUGUCUUUCCAUCAUCUAUGACUGCUGGUGUGGGAAACUGUCUGUGAUGGAGGAUUAUAACAUGUUUGUUUGCAUGUCUGCUAUUAAUGUGACUGACUGAAACACUACUGUAACCUGCUGAUAAUUCAACAAUGAUUGAGCUUUAACGCUGAGAAAAUAAAAUAUAUAUACGGUUGAAAAUGCCACAUAUUGCAAAAAGUGGGCAUUAUUGGUUCCUCCUUUGGGUGUAGCCACUGCCUGACACAGGGUUGGCACAGGGGCGGAAAAGUGCUUGGAUGUUCCCUGUGACCAACCGUGAUGCCUUAUACUCUAGAGCAAAUACAUAAGCUCAAUCAUAAUGUUCAAUUAUCAGCCAAAGAUGUAACUUGUGGAUGACUCUUGCUGUGGACUGAAUGGAUUUGAACGUCACUCACUUCUAUCAAGGCUACACGACUAUGUUGUACCUUGAAGUAGAACGUAUAUUGAUACAAAUGUUUCACAGACCUUUGAACAUUGCUUCAAGUGCUCUGUCAGAUUUAUACAUAAGUACAUACUUAUUUUUUAUCCAUGAGCGUAAUCAUUUUGUACUUAUUUUUAUACAUAUCAGAGAACUUUAUUUCUAAAUGUAUCUUAAAGAUAUCUUAAUAGCAAAUCACGUAACAUCAACCGGGAACCGUCAAAGAUUUGUGAACCCGAGUCCAAAAGGUACCAUUUCAGCUUGCCAUCUGCAGUGCUCUUUGAUACUUACACGGGCUGCUUUGAAGGACCUCGAGCUCUACUACUAAAACAAACGUAUAUGCUUUCAUUUUCAUAAGCUAACGGAGGUGAAAACCAAUAUUGAAUGACUGAUGACACGAUGUUGAUCCUCAGACAGCCAUGAACUCAGAGAUGCACAUGAGGAGGGACUCUGCUCUUUCUGUAAUGAGGGUAGAGUCAUAGUAAUAUUAGCGAUGUUUGACCUAAAUUAGGUCUUGGUAAAGGCGUGCUGAAGUAGCAGUGAACUAAUAGCUUGUAGAUGCAAGAAAAGAGACAUUAGCGCUCGUUCAUCCGUUGAGCAAAAGAAUAUAAAUCUGUUGUAUAAAUUCUGCCCGUUCUAGUCCACGUUUACUUUCUCAAGUAAAAGGAGCUCAGCUUUAUUGUUUAUCUACUGGACAAUUAGGCUUUGUCCUGAAGUGAUUUUCUGAAUUGUGAUUACAUUGGUGUUACACUUUGUAGCAAGUAGAUUUCUUAAUAAAUGAAGGAAAAAAAGAAUACAAAUGUGAGUAAACUAUGUAUAAUUGGAUUGUCUACAUACUUGCUAGCCUGAAAAAAAAAAGUUUUUGAGCUAAAAAGAAUCCAUUGGUGUUAAAUGUCCAAUUGAUUUAUUUAUUUUCUUCUAUGUAAGGUCUUUUUCCUAUAACGAACUACAUUACAAAGAAAGGCUGAUGGCGCAGUCAAGACAGCAGGUUUCAUUUGAUGAGAAAAGUGUAGAUGCAUGUUGAAGGAAGCAGAAAGCAAACUAGCUCUUUCUUUUUGAGGAUUAUUAACCAUCAGGUUUUUACAUUCCAUUUUGUCAUCAGCAUUUCAAUGUUACUAUCACAACUAGUUUGAAAAUGUCAAAAUCGGUUGUUUGCUUACAGAUCUUUUCUUUCUUUUUCAAAACACAUACUCAGGUAGCGAUCCUGAUGACAAAACUACAAAGUAAAGCUGGCUUACUUUUUUUUUUUGUUACCUUUCGUAGCCCUAAUGACAGUUUGAGGUGAUACUGAUAUUUCUUUUCCACUGCAACAAAUGUGCAAUUUUUAGUAUCAAGCGAUUUAUUUGUACAUCUUGUGAAGAAACUACAGUGUACACAUAUCAGAGUUUCUACAGUGCCAUGAAAUGUGUCCAUCUGCCAGCAUCAGUCAGUCAUUGGUCAGUAAUACUGGAUGAAUAUCAUGGCAUCUAAUACUGGCAUGGAGAACAUCCAAGCCAUCCUUGUCUCCAUGCCAGGACAGAGCCAGGCAGUGCAGGAAGACCAAAGGAGGAACGCCGUAAGACCCACUAGAGCGAAAAGUGGCAUUCAAAUGGGCAUACAACACUUCUGCCUAUGCAAGCUGCUGAAAUCCUAGCACCUUGGUUAUAGAUACUGAACAAGUCAAAAAAGGGGACAGUAAUGACUGAAAGAUGCUGGGUAGAACUGACUAUGAUGUUUAGUUGGAUCACCUGUCAAUGUAUUCAAGAGUGUUUCAUUAAAGUAACAUAAAGCAACCUUACUGAUGUGCUAUGUAAUACACAACUAUCAUAUUUUGGCUAUUUUAUUCUACUGUAAAGGACAUAUUUAAGUUUUAGAAACUGUAUAAAGAAAAUGCACUGUAACAGAAUAAAUACUUGGAGGGAAUCAAGUCUUAACAUGCUGAACUUGAAUAUGGAUUACAGUUUUGUUGUUGUCUUUUCUUCCACUUCAAUAAAUAAUCAAAACAUCCAUCCAUACAUGUAAUUAUUGGCAUAUUCACUACAGGAAAUUGGGGUUUCUCAUAGCAGAAUGACUGAUUUGACUACCAGACGUGAAGAAAUUGAUGGUGCUGAGCUGAUCUACCUAUCUCUGUCAAAUAAAACCUGCUGAUAAAACAUAGUGUCUUGUACAAAACGUUUGUACAUAAAUUGUACAUGGUUUCUUUUUGUAUUUUCUCAAAUUAAAAUGGAUGUAUUUGUG